AUAAAAAAAAUGGAAAUUAGAAGAAAAAAAAUAGGUGAGAUCACAUGGGGCGCAAGUGAGCUGUAGAAAAAAGGAAACAAGAUCAGACACGUGCGAGCAAAGACCGCACGUGUCCGUCCCCAUCCUCUAUCUCUGAUAAUGAUCGUUUCCAUUUUUCUCUCUCACAGCCAAACGGUCACAUUUCCCGCCGAACCAUCUCCUUCCAGAAUCGUUAAACAUUUUUUUGUUACGGAAAAUUACCCAACGGUCAUAUUUUUACGAUUCAAAUCUUGAAAAUUUCUCCAAUUUACCAUUUUUUACGAUUCAGUCAUUCUUCACACGCUCUCUCUCUCUCUCUCUGCUUCCAAGUUCUCCCUGAUUCCUUCAUCUGCAUUUGAUUUUCUGGGCGUUUCGAUUUUCCGGGGAAAAAGGGUUUCGAUUUGUCGUCGUCAUGGAUAUCGAAGAGAGAAUCGAGGUCGAUUACUCCCCUGCGGACCUUAUACUUCCUCCGGCACUCGGGCUGAGGACCAGAGUCUUUCUCACUCUCGAGUGCGCAAUAGAGGAGCUGAUUCGAUUUUCAAACGGCGAGGAAACGAUUCUCGAGAAGUGGAAUGCAUCCAGAGAGUUCUUCGCAUUCGAUCUCCUCUGCAAUCAUGCCGAUCAUAUCUACGAUCUCCUCUGCGAUCGCAUUCGGAAUCAUCCGGCACGCCAAUACUUAGCCGGGAUGAUCUCUGAGACGUCAACGCGGAUGGGUUUCGGCACUCGAAGCUUCUGUAUUAACCUUCACGCAAAACUGACACAAGAGAGGAUCUUCUUCGUCACGCCGUCCGAGUCUCCGGAAAGAGCAGCACCUGAAUAUCUGUUGCAGAGGCUGUCGGAGGAACGAGCGGUGGAUGAGAAGAGAUUUAAGGAAAUGGGUUUGGAGUCGGAGACAUGCUCCAUCUGUCUCCAAGAUUUUCUGGGUUCUUCGGACAUGGAUUUGACACAAAUGCCAUGCUCCCACGUGUUUCACAGCGACUGUGUGUUCGAGUGGCUUCGGAAGAGAAACUCUUGCCCACUGUGCCGACGUGAGAUUUCCGAUGUCGGAGUCUGAGGUCCGAACGAUUUCGCCGACCCAGUGAAAAUUUUCCAGGUGGGUUGAAUUUUGUGUCUUAGGGUUUAGGGUUUGGCUGAAUCUGCAAUCUGUCCGAAUGUGUUGAUGAAACCCAGUGAAAAUUCUCCAGUUUUCCAUGUGGGUUAAAUUUUGGUCAUCAAUAUUACCUGUAUAAUGAUGAGAAUCGCCUUUGGUUCCAUGAAUGAGCAGUUUUUUUUUUGAAGUUGAACAUUUGACAGAUACAAGCAUAAAAUUAAAAAUAAAAAAGCAUAAAAAUGGUCAUGUUAUCGCAAAUACAUCAGAGACUCACCAAAACACAAAACCAGUUAGAGUUCCCAAAGAGAAUGUAAAAAAAAAAAAACAGAAACAUCCUAUUUUUAUUCCAAGACUCUCCAAAAUGCUGACACAGAAACA